UAAAAUCCAAGUUAAACAAAAAAAUUCAAGGAAAAAAAUUAUACAUCACACAAAUUUAAAUCGUAAAUGAAAAUGUUCUAAUAAUUUGUGCAUUUUAAAUUGUACUUGAAGCAUAAAUCGAUUAAAUUUUAAUAUUCAAUUAAAAUUGAAAAAAAAAACACUGAGAAAAUUAACAAGAAAAAAUUUCGGAGGUGAACAAAAAAACAGCAAAAAUAAUAAAGAAGGAAAAACCCAUAAACAAGCAAGUGGAAAAUACUGCAACUUUUAAGUUUCCACGAAAGAAGUUGUGUCGAAUUGAUUUGUUGGUGAGUCAAGAAAAAAAAAAAUUGUACUUCCAAACAAGGUCAAGUGACGAAAUCUCUUCUUUUUUAUUUUUAUUUGUGUUGUACACACAAAAUAUAGAAGAAAAACGAAACAAUAAAAAAAAAACUCAAGUGCAUUACACAAAAAACAAUCAAGAAUUGUGAAGAAGCAUUAGCAAACUAAAACAAGGCAAUAUUAAUUAAUUGUUCGAGCACCAAUUAGGACAGUGACGCGCUCUGUGCAUAAUUUGAAAAUUGAAAAAAGUCAUUUGCUAAAGAAACAGAAGAAGCCCUUGAAAAAGAAGACGACGACGACAAAAGAAAGACAAGACAACGAGUGACCAAGGAGCAGAAGAAGAACAAAUAGCAGCAGCUAUGGAUUCAGAUGAUGAUGUCUUCGACAAUGACAAUGUCGACUCUGGCAAUGUGUCGAGUGGCGACGAUGAAGACGAUGACUUUGCCAUGGAAGUGGACGUUCCCAAUUCAAAGGAACGCCAACAGGAGCCAGAGGAAUAUCAGUACGAAGUGCUGACCACAGACCAGAUUGUUCAGCACAUGAUCGAUUGCAUCAAUGACGUGAAUGUCGUUGUUAACUUGCCAAGGACCAUAACUAGAAUUUUAUUGAAUCACUACAAAUGGGAUAAGGAGAGGCUCAUGGAACGAUAUUUCGAUGGCAAUCAAGAAGAUUUCUUUAGAGAAGCACAUGUUAUUAAUCCGUUUAUUAAAUCAAAUUUAGUGAACAAACCAAAGCAACAGAUAUCGACCUCUGUCGCUGAAGAAUGUGAGAUAUGUUUCACAUUGCUGCCGCCGAAUACAAUGACAGGUUUAGAAUGUGGACAUCGUUUCUGCAAGCCCUGCUGGGGUGAAUAUCUCACAACGAAAAUCGUGACCGAAGGAAAUGGCCAAUCGAUUGCGUGUGCAGCUCAUGGCUGUGAUAUUCUGGUCGACGAUGUGACCGUUACUAAAUUAGUAACCGAUCGCCGGGUGAAAGUCAAAUAUCAGCAUCUUAUUACAAAUAAUUUUGUGCUGUGCAAUAGGCUUUUGCGCUGGUGUCCGUCCGUCAAUUGCACUUAUGCGAUCAAAGUUACAUAUGUGGAUGCACGUCCGGUACGUUGUAAGUGCGGACACUCGUUUUGCUUUGAUUGUGGCGAGAACUGGCACGAUCCGGUGCAAUGUAGACUUCUGAGGAAAUGGAUUAAAAAAUGUGAUGACGAUUCAGAAACAUCAAACUGGAUAGCAGCCAAUACCAAGGAGUGUCCCAAGUGCAAUGUGACGAUCGAAAAGGAUGGCGGUUGCAACCACAUGGUAUGCAAGAAUCAGAAUUGCAAGCAUGAAUUUUGUUGGGUGUGCUUGGGAUCAUGGGAACCACAUGGAUCGUCGUGGUAUAAUUGCAAUCGCUUCGAUGAGGACGAGGCAAAGGCUGCUCGCGAUGCUCAGGAAAAAUUAAGGUCUUCAUUGGCGAGGUACCUUCACUAUUACAAUCGUUAUAUUAAUCACAUGCAAUCGUUGAGGUUCGAAAACAAAUUGUAUGCUUCUGUUAAGCACAAAAUGGAAGAGAUGCAACAACACAACAUGUCAUGGAUUGAGGUCCAAUUUCUUAAGAAAGCUGUCGAUAUUUUAUGUCAAUGUCGUCAGACUCUAAUGUACACAUACGUAUUUGCGUAUUAUCUCAAAAAGAACAAUCAGUCCAUGAUUUUUGAAGACAACCAAAAAGAUUUGGAAAGCGCCACAGAGAAACUCUCCGAGUAUUUGGAACGUGAUAUUACAUCAGAAAAUUUAGCUGAUAUAAAACAGAAAGUUCAGGAUAAAUAUAGGUACUGUGAGAAGCGUAGAAAAGUCCUAUUGGAUCAUGUACAUGAAGGCUAUGAAAAAGAAUGGUGGGACUACACAGAUUGAUAAGUUAAAUAGACGAAACAAUAUUUUGUCAACCAUACAGCACGUAACACUUUGAAAGGAAAAACAACAAAAAAUACAACAAAAACGCGCUUAAUUAAAACAAAGAAAUUGUUUUAGAAACCAGUUGAAAAAAAAAAAACACCAAUCAAAAUGUAUGAAAAGAAAAACAAAAGAUAAUGUUUUAUAGAAACAACAAUAAACAAGCAAUUCAGGUGUGUGUAUGUGUGAGAAAAAAAAUAAUAAAAAACAAACAACUUCAAUUUGUAAUUCACUAGUUUACAAUCUCUUCUUUUUUGUGUGAAGAUUGUAUUUUGAUUUUCUGUUCUUGUUGUAAUGUAGAGAGAACAAACUUAAAAAAUAAAAAAAAAUCAACAAAAAAAAUAUUAAAGAAAACCAAAACAACCCCACCCGACCCCAUCAAAUGGAGGCGCGGAGCCGUGUGUAAUCCUUGUAAAUAAAAAAAAUUCUAGAAGAAAAAAAUUAAACAUAAAACUCUUACUGUAAGAAAUAUUAAAACAAAAAAAACAGAAAAAAAAUGCGUUUUUUCGUUUGAAAACUAUUAACAACAAACAAAUAUAAUACAACAAUUAAAAAUAGUUAGAACAACAACAACAUAAUGCUAGGAUAUAGUUGUUCUAUCCAAUUAGAAAAAAAGAGACAUUUAAACAAAUAUAUUAUUGUUCUUUGUGUGGAAAAGAAACAAAAAAAAAUAAUAAA